AUAGGAGCUGGACGUGAUGUUGCUGCAGUACAGUACAGCACAGCACGGUAAGCGUACGAAUUUCACACGGUGUGCAAAGCAUUCCGCGGCUCCGACUACGAUGGACGGGGACCUGCGACCAAGCUUUUUCCGCAAUGCAUCCUACGAGCAUCCUACGCGCAAUCGUGCAAACGCCCCGGGGGGGUUCGAAUUUUUCUCCAACAGUCGUGUGUGCGGACACAUCAAUCCCACACACCAAUGCUAUUUYGGCACGCGGACCGGCGCAUCCUCGGCAUUCGACAAAAUCGAGGAAUCCCAGGAUCGCCCGCCUCGAUCCCGGACCGGGACGGKGGGUGCGCCCCAGAACCGACUCAUAGGACUCGGAUGGAGGACUCGGCCGUAGGAAUCGACUUGUUCGAGUAGAUUGAGCAGAUUCGUUCCUUCGAAGGCACCCAUCCUUGUUCGCAACUAAGCGCACGUUACGGUACGUACUAACUGCUGUACUAUUCUACCGUACCAAAGGUUGGAAGUCGGUACGGGUAGUACCAGUACUACGAGUAGGGAAGAAUUUCAAUUGAACCAUUACUGUUGCUAUUAAGGCUGCGGGUACUAGUAGUUGUAGUAAAGUCCAACGCAAUACAGUAGUUCUAGUAUUUUGCACCAUCAUGGCCCAURAUUGGAGUGCUAGUAGUAAUAGUCCAGCAACAAGAAUGGUGUUCUUGGAAUGACGAAACACGACGAGGGUAGAGCAAUUUUACUACUAGUACCGCCAAUUGUUGGACCCCAUCAUGAGAAUUCCUCUUGGCGUUUUAACAAAGGAUGGGAGGAACAAACUUCUUAUCUCCUGCAAGAAGACGAUAGCAACAACAAUUUACUGGGCUGUCACGAGAAGAAUCACCAUCCAAGAAAACAAACAAACUCCUUUGCGUUUCGACUGCUGAUCGUUGGCCACCAGGUGCAAAACCAACACAAUCGGUGAUUCAGAGCAACGUUUUCGGGGUUACAACYAARCAAACAAUCGCACGAACGCRUUGGGCGGGACGACGUAAGGUGAUGCGGAGACACGGACGCAUCCYGUUCGGACGACAAUGAUUGCUACCURCUAGUACGCAGCCGGUGCAAAAAUCCAACCAGGGACCGAGCUCGUUUUUGCUUUCUGUGUAGCAGCUAGAAGAAAGUUCUGUAGACAACRCGAAUCACAACAAUCCACUCCUGGUUUGUUGCGACCUGGUACGAAACGUGCGCACUCCGCUACGCGGUCGGGGCUACCUCRUGGUCCUCUCUCCGCUAUUAUCUAGUUCCACGGUGCAACCGAAACCACCKGCGGUAUUUAGGAUAUGUUUCUCUAUCGUUAUAAUUUCUUCUUGGUUUCUCUAUUGGAAAGCCACUUCAACCCUGYCCGCCUUUCCAAUGUGAAAGUGACUCCAAAGAAAAAGAAACCAUCGCAACGGCGCAAAAUCGGUGCUUUCCCAAUUGACACRCUUUUGUUCCGUGUAUGGAUUCCCUUGCAUAUUCCGAUAUCCUUCGAGACCCUUUUGCCUCGUACCGACCACCAUUUUUUCAACUAUCGUUCCUCCGCCCACCACAGUUCCUMUU